AUGUUCAAACAGUACCGUGUUGUGUUUUUACUUAAAAGAACCAGAAUGUUUAGCAAUAAUUACACUAUGGAUAAAUUUACAACUCUUGCUUUACUUGGAGGUGUUUUACUUCGAUUAGCCGCUUUUCAAUGGAUCCCACAUCUUCCAGCUCUAUUAGAUCAGUUUGUUUUAUUUUCUACGCCCAUCAAUUCGUACAGAUCCUUGAAUGAAGGUAUUUUUCUACUUUCAAAUGACUUGAACCCAUAUAAGCAGGGAGAAAUCUUACAUCAUCCGCCUAUUUUAUUGUGGUUUUUCAAUGUCUUAAAAGGUUCCCGAAUUACUGAUAAUUUGAGUACGAAUAUAUUCUUUUCAGCUAUUGACUUGCUCAUAUGUCUUCAGUUGAUCAAGAUCAAUAGGAUGUUGAAUAAAAAAGAAGGAUUUUCGUCUUUUCAAAUCGCAGGUUUCUACAUGUUCAAUCCAUUUAGUAUUUUGUCUACUCUAGCAAAGUCGACUUAUAUUAUAAACAACUUAUUAGUCACAUGCAUGAUGGCCGAAGUGAUGACAGAUAACUUCGAACUUGCUGUUUUACUGUUGUCUAUUUCAGCAUAUUUAACUUAUUACUCAUGGUACCUUCUAAUACCAAUCGCUUACUAUGUUUACAUAAACAAUGGCUUUGGAAAAUGUUUGAAAUUGAUCAUGUUAUUUAUCUCGGCAAUUACCGUUUUACUUGGGAUCAGUUAUAAGUUAUGUGAUGAUUCAUUCAAUUUUAUUAGUUUAUGCUAUAUGACCAUCCUUAGGUUUGAAAAAAUCACUCCAAAUUUAGGAUUGUGGUGGUACUUUUUUACCGAAAUUUUUGAUUUUUUCAACAAUUUUUACUUGGCAGUAUUUAAUAUUUACAGCUUUGUUUUUGUUGUCCCACUUACCAUGAGAUUUAUUCUUUCCGACAGGAAAAUUGAUUUGCUUUUUGUGAUUUGGAUUAUUGUGGGAUUAAUCAACUUUUCAAAAGCCUAUCCCGUUCUUGCAGAUUACACUGUGUUUUACUCUGCAAUGUUUUUGUUUAAAAGAUAUUAUCACUACUUGAAAUUUAAGCCAGCGGUGAGUUUCGUUGCAUUAAUAGUGGUGCUAUUACAGUCUCCAACAUUCUAUAUUAUUUGGAUGUCACUAAAUUCAGGUAAUGCAAACUUCUUUUAUGCAAUGGGGUUGGCUCUCAGCCUUGUGGAGUCAUUAUUCCUGAGUGAUUUUAUUUGGGCGUACAUCCAAGACGAAUACUAUUCCACUCAGAAAAUUCCAGAGGAAACCAGACAUACUAAAAAGCUCACUCAGAUUUGA